GUGCCACACUGUGGAAAUCUGAGUCGCUAUUAGCACCCCGAUCUCAUCCUUCUUCUCUCCUCACACACUCGUACGGUGACAUCAGAAGACACCCACACAGAAUGCUGCAUCACAGACAUGGCGAGGAGUUCUAUCUUGGCCCCCGGGCUCUGAAAGAGGCUCUUGUCUCUACAAAUCCCUGCCUGAAGGAGCUGUAUGACAGCACUUUCUGCACUGCAGAGAAACACUUCUUAUCGGAGGCAUACAAUCCCAACAGGAUGCUCUUCCAGACUCUGCAGAUAAGGACUGCUUUCGACUGGCUUGUAAGUCGCCCGGAAGCUCCAGAGGACUUUGAGACGUUCUACAGCUCCACUUGCAGAAGGCCGUGCAGCUCUUACAGGAAAACUGUCUACCUGCAGCCCAUAGAUUUGAUUGACGCAGGGGAGGGGGCACCGCUGGUGUUGUUUCUAGAUACCCUGAAAUCCUAUGCAGAGGCGUUCUUCUGUGGGCUUGAAGUGAAGCUGCUUCCAUCAAUACCCUCGUCUACCAUUAACUGCCAUUUCAGGCACAACCCCGAUUCACAGACCCUACAGCUUCACACAGAUGGAAUCCUGAAACACUUGAGGAAGGUCAAACCCGCGGACGCGUUCUGUGUUCUGGGCCUCACCUUUCUUGACCUGUACCCCUGCGACACAUGGAACUAUACGUUUGGGAAGACCAUGGCUGAGCAGGCUGUGGGAGUUUGCAGCUUUGCCAGGUUUGUUGGAACACAUUCAGAGAAAUACUGUCAAAGACAUGAACAGAGCAACGAAGCCCAAGAUAAUGGCAACAAGAGUCAUCUGGAGGUUUUCACUGUGACCAAUGUGCUGCAGUGCUGCAAGGUCCUGAGUCAUGAGGUCGGGCACCUGGUUGGUAUGGGGAACUGCAGGUGGCUGCGGUGUGCAAUGCAGGGAGGCACCAGCCAGGACCAAGUAUUUCUGAGGCCCAUGGACCUCUGCCCAGUCUGUCUGAGGAAGCUUCAGUAUGCCCUUGGAUUCACUCUAAUAGAGCGCUAUAAGAAACUACAAACCUGGGCAAGAUCCAUCUCUUCCACCUGGGGGGUCGAGGAUUCUAUCGGCAGAGCAGCCUCCGAGGACAACAUCCUGUUCAGCACAGACUCUGGUGUGUCCUGUGAGAACCAUUCCGAGCCUAUAUCAGACACGCCAGAGCCGACGAGACCCGACACAGGCAGCCAGGAACUCUCCAUCGGCCAGGAGCUGCAGCUCGAUGGACCACCCAGCACUGCGGGCUCCUCCUCAUCCAGCAACCCCAGGCCUCAGGAGAGCGAGGGGGUGCUGGCUGAGACCCACCUGUCCACGGACCUCAUUAAAGAGUAUGUGGCUUGGCUAGGGGUCUGCGUCGCAGCCUUGGAGAGAGAGACUUCAGAGGACGAGGUCUCCCAGCUGGACAGUUUUGUGGACGCUCUGCCCGCUUACAGCAGCUUUACAGAAAGGGCCCCUGCUGUCAAGUGCGUUUACGAGGCUCCUAAAGAUGAAAGGCGACUGAAAAAGUUAAUCGGGGCGAAGCUUUCCUCUCUACGUCGGAGGCUGAGCACCAGGAACCUGUUAAAAACAAACUCCUACUCUCUGGAUGAAAGUGCUGAAGACUGACUAACUGACUGACUGCCAGGGGCCCCUCAUUUUGCUGUUUGCACAGUCUCGCUUCUGUACUCUUUAAAGUAUUUAAUCCAGCCAUCGCUGUGCUUGAAAUGUAGAUACAGACUGUGAACUCAUGCAUGAAUCCAGAAGUCAGCACUGUUCUGCUGUGCAGCUUCCAGUUUGGCUCGGAGGACCAAUAUCCAGAAAUCCUGCCACUUGUUUCCUGAGCUCGAACCCCCAGGGCAAGUCCUUUCACCCUCUUCUAUAGUGUUUUAGCCCCUUCCCUCCCCUCCCGUUGUAUAACUUGGCACAAGCAGCAACAUGCUGUGAAAGGGAUGUCAGGUUAGGCAAUAAGCAUUGAAGUCAGAAUCAAAAGUAUGGAAGAAAUAAAAUCUGUUACAUUUGAAUGCCUUUAUCCUUGAAAGCUGUAUCUGAGUGUUAUUACUGUACCUAAGAAAGAUACCCAAGUCACAGGCACCGAAAUUCUUUAAAAAAAAUAAAUAAUGCGGGACAAUUACAACAGUAUAAAAAGCAAAUGGAAUUACUGUUAUACAACAAUAUAUGUAAACAGGAAGAGAGUUUUAGACACUAAAUUCAGAUUUUUUAUUUUUUAUAAAACUUUAAAACGGGCAUGCGUUAUUAGUCUGAUUUGAAGCUCUCUGCCCAACAAUUGGUUGGUCAAUCCACAAGGCACAUAAACUGAGCGCUUUCUUGCUAUUUGCUAAGAGUGGAACGUUAAACUGGAUUUCAUUUUUGUUACUGUGGGCCACAGCUGUUCCCUAUGCGCCGAUAGCUGAUUAUUUCGACCCCUGACUAAUUAAAUUCAGCCUGAAGGAAGCGUUGGGAUAACAGGAGUCAUGAGAUUUUGCUCAAAUAACACACAGGCCA